UGUCCGGUUGCCAUUCAAUGUCCAGUAGCACAUCACUGAGGCUGCCCUGUGGCUGAUCCUGACCAUGCUUUCCACUAACCGCUCAGGAGGAGCGUGGGGAUGAAAUGGAUGGAGCCCAUGGCCAGACCAACGCACCAGCUCCCACCUCCCAGCAUGUCCAGCCGCAGCAAGUCUCCCCCAAACUCUGGAGAAGUUGCAGGCUCUAACUCAAUGGCAUGGGUGAAGAUGUUCAAAAGACCUGGAGGAGGCCUGAAGAAAUCCUACCAGCCUGGGAGCAUGCUGUCCCUCGCGCUCACCAAAGGCCUGCUGAACGAGCCCGGCCAAAAUAGCUGCUUCCUAAACAGCGCUGUUCAGGUGCUUUGGCAGCUGGACAUUUUCCGGAGGAGUUUGAGGCAGCUCUCGGGUCACUUCUGUCUCGGUGAUUCCUGCAUAUUUUGUGCUUUGAAGAGCAUCUUCAGCCAGUUUCAGCAGAGUCGAGAGCGAGUGCUUCCGUCCGACAGCCUGCGGAACGCUCUCGCGGAAACUUUCAAGGAUGAACAACGCUUCCAGCUCGGCCUGAUGGAUGACGCUGCUGAAUGCUUUGAGAACAUCCUGGAGCGGAUUCAUUUGCACAUCGUUUCAGACGCUGCAACUGACUCGUGUUCAUCCAAAUCCUGCAUCACCCAUCAGAAGUUUGCAAUGAUGCUUUAUGAGCAGUUCGUGUGUCGCUGCUGUGGUGCAUCUUCAGACCCACAUCCCUUCACAGAACUCGUACAUUACGUCUCAACCACUGCUUUAUGCCAACAGGUUGAUCGCAUUAUGGGGAAGAGCGAGCGGCUCAGGUCAGACAUGUUUGGAGAAUUGUUGCAGGCGGCAAACAACACAGGGGACCUCCGAAGCUGCCCGAGCAACUGUGGUCAAAGUAUCAAGAUCCGCCGUGUGCUCAUGAACUGUCCAGAGAUUGUCACAAUUGGAUUUGUAUGGGACGCUGAGCAGUCUGAUCUUACAGAUGAUGUCAUUCGGUCGCUUGGCCCACGUUUGAACCUGUGUGGGCUGUUCAACCGGGUCACUGAUGAAAAUGCCAAACGGAGUGAGCUACAUCUGGUGGGGAUGAUCUGCUUUUCCAGUAAACAUUACUCAGCCUUUGCCUAUCAUACCAAAUCUUCAAAAUGGAUGUUUUUUGAUGAUGCUACUGUAAAAGAGAUUGGAUCCAAAUGGAAAGAUGUUGCUUCUAAAUGUAUCAGGGGACAUUUCCAGCCUCUUCUUUUAUUUUACACCAACCCUGAAGGCUCUCCAGUUUCUAAUGAAGAUGCACCUAGACAAACCACUAUGUGUCCUCGGUACAAAGCCCAAGUGAAUGGUGACACAACAGUGAAACAUCCCCUUGGCAGUCCUAAGAAGUUCCAGGAGCCUUUCACAGAAAAUGUAAAGAGGACAAGCGAAACAUCAAAAAAGGAUAGAGGGCAUCGGAGAAUGGACCCAUCACAACACAAAGAGAUGACACAUGCAAGAUCUUUAUCCCCAGAAAAUGGACCUAGGCCUCCACUGGACCAAAAAUCAAAAACCCAUCCACGCACUGAGAAGUCAUCAAACCAUCCCAGCAGAGGAUCUCAUGAGCCACGAGGAAACUCCUUCGGCACUCAAAGUGCUGGGCACAGCAGAAAGAACAACACGUCUCCAAGUCGCUAUGAUCCGGACAGCUGUCAGGAGCAGUUGGAAAAAGGUGAAAGUGAAGGAAGUCACAAUAAAUCCAAGUCUACCUGGAGGCCCAUUCGGGAAGUGUUAAAUGUGGACACUGUACUGAACGAACUGGAGCAGCGUCGUCAACAGCAAAAUGACAGCCCGCGGCAUAGUAAAUCUUCACCCCAGGAAAGAGUGCACAGUGAACCUAGUCGAGACCGUGUGCAGGAAUAUGCACGAACCAGAGAAGAUCGGAAGCAGAAAUGUUUAAUGACUAUUUAUGAGGACGAACACAGGCACGAGACGGAGAGCCACAGUUCUGUAGAGUCGGAGAGCAGGGCUAACCAACAAAGGAGCAGCAGACUUAAGGGUGGGCCAAAGACACUGCUGCGUAGUGAUACCUGGACCAUCCAAAGGACCGAGUCUGGCUAUGAGAGCAGUGAUAGACUCAGCAGUGGCUCCACCAACCCAGACUCACCUGGUGUUGAUUGCUUUGUUGCAAACCAGAGAUCAACUCCAGAGGCACAUUUGCAAAGUCAGCUGCACCAAAAAGGGGGCGAUGCCAAAUCAAGUGUAAUGUCCUCACCUUCACACAAUGGUAAACAUCAACCCAAACCUCAGGGAAAAAACCAUGACCAAAUUUCACAUUCACAUCUAAAGUGCAGUCCAAGCUCAAGACGGAAGUCAAAGUACACUUCUAGUACCUCCAGAAAAGCAGCGUCUUCAGAGAGGGACUCCAAUAGUUCGGAUAACAGGCAGAGUGAGCAGCACGCUGGAGAAAGUACAGCCCUGAGGCACAUCACAAAAACCAGCAGCUCAGAAUGGAACAGCUCCGACGAUCUUGCGCUCUCUGAGCCUGAGGAUAGAGAAAACUCUUACCGCUCCAGCAACAGUGAGUCGGUCGCCUCUGAGUCCCAGUGUCCUCACAUGACUCUACCAUACCACCCGCCCAGCAACGUGACAGCAGAGCCUCUCCAACUGAACAAUCAGCGUCAGCCGGGCACAACAGGGUCGCCUCACCUCCGCACAUCCCAGCGCAUCCCUCCUCAUCAGGGCGAAACAAGCCACGCAGUGUUCCGUCCGAGGAUGCUUCAAGAAACCUUUCCCUCAAGUCCUCGCCUCUCAUCUACGUCGUUUGUCAGUCCUCACAGGAAGCCCGACAUGUCAGGCCUCAGAGCCCUCUCAGAUGCAAGCUCCAAGUCGGGCUCUGACCCGGAAAGGAGCACCCCGUCAUCGUGUGAAAGUGAGGAAAGACUGUGCAGGGGCGAACAGGCGGUGCCAUCUCAAGAGGUUUCUCUGACAACGUACUUCAAUGUGGAUAACUGUAUGACGGAAACAUACCGUCUCAAGUACCACAACCAGAGGCCUCUUGUCCUCUCUGCCACAGUACCGCGGACAGUGGUAGUGACAGAGCGCAGAGAUACCAGCCACACACUCCCCACUGACACACACUCACAAGAUGUGCCAAAAGCAAGACCUGAAACAAGCCAUAAUAGCAAUAAACCCACUGCAAAAUGGAACCCAGUGACAGCCAAAGGACUGGAUGAACGUGGUUUUAUAUGAGUGUUACUUGGUAAAGUUUGUUUACACGGAUGAGCAGCGGUCAGUAGAGUACCAACUGGAUGCCAAAGAGUUUACAGAAUGGAAAUUUGUCCUGAAGCCAGACAUCUCCAAAUAGAGUGGAAUAUGUUUAUGCAAGCUUGUCACAUAAAUAAAUGCUGUUUCUAAAUGCUGUUGCAUUUUGUUUGAAGGAUUGUCACCUACCAUGUAAACUGUCUUCCAUUAUCCCGCAGUAUUGCUGAAAGCAGAUUUUGUUGAUACCAGAAUCUUUUCAGUUUGCACAAAGGGGAUUUUUAGUCUUGGUUCUUUUUUUGUCACCUGAUCUCUAAUCGAAUAUGUUUAUUUUUUUACUAUUAAAGUAAGUCUGCAGAAGUGUUGCAGAAAUAAAGAUUCACCUACAUAUCACAAGAGCGGCAUGAGAGUUUACAGGGAGCCACACUUUGAUGAAGUACAGUUUGGUGUAGUUAUUAUAAACAGAUGGAAGGAGAGAGCGGGAUGAAAAAUCACUGCAUGUUGACAUGAAACAAUAUGUGAAAGACACUUUAUAAAUACAUGAUGUCAUUAUACACAGUAGGAGAAAACCGACAGAGCGAAGAAUUUGAAGCAGCAGGUUUAAAUUUACGACAACCUGUUGAAGGGUUUAUAUCAGGACAACCACCAAUUAAUACACGUUGAGGGCUCAAGUUCACCAGGGAAGAGGCAUUGCAACAUUCAGUUACUGAUAUCUGUUAUCAUUUAUCAGUUAUUUGACAACAUUUGUGUGUUAAUGAGUGACUGUGGCUGCCCCAUUGAAGCCAACCUCAUUGGCUGUAAAAAAAAAAAAAAAAGAACAAAAAGAAGAUAUGUUGGCAAAGAUCCUUGUUCAGUUUGGUUUUAUUUCAAAUGUUCAUUUCCUGAAUGAUUAUAGGCAAACGUAAUGCUGCCAUUCAUAAACAUGUAUAGAUCUUAGGGAGACAAUGUUUUAUUCAAAAUGUGAUUCUGCAGGACUGAAUGAUCCACUUUCUGGUUGUCAACAGAUCCUAUAGUGACUAUACUCUUCUGUAGUGGGAGCCCUCGGUUCAUUUAAAGGUCACUAUAUACUGUACGACCAUAUCUCUCCGUGUGUACUCUACCUUCAUUGUGCUGGUUCUUGUAAUCCUCUUUUGUAACUUGCGGUGAUGUCAAAUUGUAUUUUUGCAGUCUUCCUUUCAAAGUAGACAGAUUUGAACAGGUCGGUAUUUGCAGGUUUGUUUUUUCCUAAUGAUGCCAACAAAAAUGAAUCUGGCUACCUGAUAUUGAGCAUACUCCACAAAAAUGAUUCUCGUUCAUAAGACUAAUGUUCUGAAACCUGCAUGUGGCCUUUACAAAGUCUUACUAGCUCUGUGUACAGCAUUAGCAUGAGCAUGAUUACACUGGGGCAUACAUUCUAUUUGAUUAAACCGAUUUGUAUUGAAUUCA